GGACCGUGAGCACUCACUUCAAGCCAGGGAACGUGGAAGGCUCCAGGGGAGGGAGAGCGAACAAAAAUAAAAGAGAAGAGAGAAAUAAAAAGGGGGGGGGCAGAGCACUGUUGCAAGAACCAGAGAAGGAGAUCUAGCAAAAGAGUGCAGCCCUUGGGGAAGAAAGAGAGAGAGAGGAGGAUAGACAAGAAGAAGCAAGGAAAGGAGAGAGCAGGCAGGCUCCUCACCGGCUUGCCUUUUUUUUUUUUCAAGAAGGAGCAGCUAGCUGCAGCCUCACACGCGAGCGCCACGCGAGGCUCCCGAAGCCAACCCGCAAAGGGAGGAGGGGAGGGAGAAGGAGGAGGAGGAGCGGUGGGAGGCGGAGGAAAGACAUUGCCACCUUCCAUUCCCCCACCCUCAGGAGUCUCCCUCUUUUUUUUCUUUUCUUUUCUUUCUUUUCUUUUCUUUUUCUAAACUUAGCUCCGGACACCUUCUUUUCUGUCCGUCCCCUUCCUCUCUUCCUUUGCCCCCAUCGUCUUCGCUUUCCUCUCUGCCCCCUCUUCCCUGUGCAUCCCCUCCUCUCCAUCCCUCCCUCUCUCGGCUUCCACGUCUCCUGGCGGCCCAUGGAGAGCCCCUCCAAGAUGGAAAGCACCGGGGUCAGCCAGCAGCCUCCGCCACCGCCGCCUCCACCGCAGCCCCAGCCGCAGCCACCCCAACCCCAGCCUCCCCAGCCGUUCUUGCAGCCCGCCGCCUGCUUUUUCGCUGCUGCUGCUGCGGCGGCGGCGGCGGCGGCGGCUGCACAGAGCGCGCAGCAGCAGCCGCAGCAGCCCCAGCAGCUGAGUCCGGCCGACGGCCAAGCCUCGGGGGGCGGUCACAAGUCAGCGCCAAAGCAAGUGAAGCGGCCGCGUUCCUCUUCUCCGGAGCUGAUGCGCUGCAAGCGGCGCCUCAACUUCAGCGGCUUCGGCUACAGCCUGCCUCAACAGCAGCCCGCCGCGGUGGCCCGGCGCAACGAGCGCGAGCGCAACCGUGUCAAGCUGGUCAACCUGGGCUUCGCUACACUGCGGGAACACGUCCCCAACGGCGCGGCCAACAAGAAGAUGAGCAAGGUAGAAACUCUGCGCUCGGCUGUCGAGUACAUCCGCGCCCUGCAGCAGCUGCUGGACGAGCACGACGCCGUGAGCGCUGCCUUCCAGGCUGGGGUCCUAUCGCCCACCAUCUCCCCCAACUACUCCAACGACUUGAACUCAAUGGCCGGCUCCCCGGUCUCUUCGUACUCGUCCGACGAGGGCUCCUACGACCCGCUCAGUCCAGAGGAACAGGAGCUUCUGGACUUUACAAACUGGUUCUGAACAUCUUCUCCAGCCCAGGCUCUAGGGAAAGCAAACUUUUGGAGGAGGGCGACCGGAGAGAACCUGCCGCUUUAGCAUUUUAUUUUCUCCGCCAGCGACACUGGGAGGAAGAAGACGAAAUCAACAACACCCCCCAAAAAACAACAGCAACAACAGCACUCAAACAAACAAAAAACAACGGC